CCCAACUUGACGAAACUUAGCGAGCAGGCUGCUGCCCCCGACGCUUUGCUGUAGAAGAUGCACUAUUACCGAUACUCUAAUGCAGAAGUCAGCUGUUGGUACAAAUACCUGCUCUUCAGCUACAACAUUGUCUUCUGGCUAGCUGGGGUGGCCUUCCUUGCAGCUGGUCUGUGGGCAUGGAGUGAAAAGGGUGUAUUGUCUGAUCUGACAAAGGUGACUGGACUUCAUGGUCUGGACCCAGUGGUGCUUGUCUUAGUGGUGGGAAUAGUGAUGUUUACUUUAGGAUUUGCUGGUUGUGUAGGAGCACUGAGAGAAAACAUCUGCCUUCUGAAGUUUUUCUGUGGAGCAAUUGUGUUUAUAUUCCUGCUGGAGCUGGCAGUGGCAGUUCUGGCUUUCCUGUUCCAGGAUUGGGUGAGGGACAAGGUCAAGGAAUUCUUUGAGAAUAACAUUAAAUCCUACCGAGAUGAUAUUGACCUCCAGAACCUCAUUGAUUCGCUACAGAAAAUUAACCAUUGCUGUGGUGCCCAAGGUCCAGAUGAUUGGGACUUUAACAUAUACUUUAACUGCAGCAGUGAAAGCAAAAGUCGUGAGAAGUGCGGUGUUCCUUUUUCCUGUUGUAUACCUGAUCCUGCUCAAAAAGUUGUGAAUACACAGUGUGGCUAUGAUAUCAGAAAAAAGAGCAAGAGUCAAUGGGAUGAUCAGAUUUUUGUCAAAGGAUGUAUCCUUGCUCUUGAAGCUUUGUUACCCAGAAAUAUCUACAUUGUUGCAGGUGUCUUCAUAGCUAUCUCACUGCUCCAGAUUUUUGGGAUUUUCCUAGCCAGGACAUUGAUUUCUGAUAUUGAAGCUGUAAAGGCAGGUAAUGCCUUCUGAAUAUAAAAGCGGACACGUGUUCAAAAAAGUAUUCUACAGUUAUUGGUCAGACACCAAGGUGGAAGGAAAUGCACAGACCAUUAAAUAUACUCUGGUUAUAAAAAAGCCUUGUGUGGAUUUUACUCUGCUCAUGCUUUUUGUUAAAAGCUGGUACAAAAAAAAAAUCUCAACACACACCUGUCUACCUUUAGUCUAACAAGACAGCUCAGUGCACAAGCGUUGAUCUCCGAGGAAGAAAUGGAAUUUCCCAAGACAUUGGAGGAACAGAUUUUAAAGACUGUAGCAAGGAGACAUGAAACUGCUGUAAAACUCUUCCCUUGAAGGAUUACUGUGAAGAUUGUUCUGUUUUCACUCCCAUCUGUCAUCAAUCUCAAUCUAAUCUUUUCAGAAGGCAUGCUGAUUUCUUAAGAAUCUUGAAAUCAUUUUAUUCUCUACAGUAGAUUAAUGCAGUCAUUUUUUGGCAAGGUGCCCAGCAACAAUAAUCGUCAUGGUAUUGGAAAUUGGAAAAAAAACCAGUCACAUUGUCUAGUUCUAUAAUUGAUUUUUCAGUUGUGCAGAAGUAGGGAUAUUUCUGUUUGACUGGGAAUAACAGAUGUCUCAGGAACAGGAACCUGUGCUCAGCAUCAGAGCUUGAGUAACCUAUAUCAUUUGAAAAUGCAAGCCUUUUCUCAAGAGGGGAAAAAUCUGACUAUCUAUAGCAUUAUAUGUUAGAAAUCUCCAUUUCAGGCAAGGGGGUGUGAAUCCCUGAUGCUGUUUCCUGUCUGCAAAAAAUGUAAAUAUUCUUUAUUUAUAGAAGAAAAAAAUCUUUAAAAAUGCUUAGCUUUUUAUUGAUCAGUAAUAUCUUUAAAAAGUGCUGUCUGCAGAAAUUUCAAAAUGCAGCUUGUUUCAGUAGGUAGCAAGCAUACUAUGCUGGCUGUUUGAUGGUUUUUGCCUUUCCUCUAGUUUCUCUCACAACUGCUAUAUUGAUCUUGACAAGUCCUAACUGCUAAUAUCAGGACUGAUGAAAAACACUUAAAUUCAGCAUUAAUCCCUACUGAAAUCUGUUUUUUAAUGAGGAAAUAUACAUUUAGUGAAAGAUUAGAGUUGUUGAAUUUUUAAAUCUUCUGUAAGCUAUUGAAUAACGAGUUCUGCUUGUAUUCAGAUACAUGGUUCAAGUGCCAGUCACAAUAUGGUGAACCAGAAUGAUUUCUUCACAGUAAUUUUCUGCAUCAGGCUGAACUAGUCCUGCUGAAGUAAUUUUUUAUUUUUAUCAGAAGAAAACUUAAACUCUCUUCUUCCCGUCCUCCCUUCUUGGGGGUUCAGUAGAUAGAUCUGUAGUUCAGUAAGAGUCCCAGUCAUCUUUAAAAGACUGGCAUAAUAUUUUUAGCUUUAAGAUAGAAGUAUGUGACUGAAAAGUUCUUGGAAGUAACUGUCGCUGUCAGUUUUAUUGUGGGCCAUAUAACUAACAUUGUUUACUGCUUCCAGUGACACCAAUUUCUUCAGGGAGAGCAGUUUUAUUUACAGUGCCUAACAUAGUGUAAAUUGUAGAAAAGUAUAUAUUUUUAUAAUGAUAUUUUACUACAUGUAGUCUGCCUGAAGGAUUUAAUAGUUUAUUUCCAAAGUAUAUGGCUUUCUUAGAAGCCAAACUUUUAAAUAUCUCUCUAAUGUCCUUUUUUCUAUUAUGCAUGCAUUAAUGAAUAUUUCACUGGCAAAAGCUGAUCAACAGUAAGAAUCUUUGUCUGAUUGUCCAGACAUCCUUCUAGCUUUUAAUCUGUGAAGUGCUUCACAGAUCAUCCUGUACUGCUCAUGUGUACUUCAGUUCAGCUUUCAUAGUUCUUUUUCUGGCCAGUGAUUGAGACACAACAGGAAAAGGAAGCUUGUCUAAGGAUGGCUGAUUUCCUUACAGUAGCAGAGAACAGUCUGCUAUUACUCAUCUGAAAAACCUGAAAGUAAAAUCGCUAGAAGUGCACUGUGGUAUUUUUUAGCUUUGAUAUACAACAAGGAAACAAUAGCAGUAGAUCGCUGAGGGGAGAGCAAGAGACAUUUCUUCUGUGUAGAACCUUGAAUGAGAUCUGUAUUAUUUAUAUGUUGAAUCUAGUCCAUUAGGAGCAGCCAAAAAUUUGCUGCUGUUACUGCUACUUUGCAAGCAACAAAGCAGCGUCCAGCAACUUUUGCUUUAAACUCUGGUGCUUGAAACUUUACAACACCCCAUCAACCAACUUAUUCUGUUAAGGUUAUAUGUAAUCUGAUGUAUGUAAAAUGGGAGA